CUCACCGCCACCAUGUCGCAGCAGGUCGUCAGCUCGCUCUUUCUCCGAAACUUCUUCCUCAAGACCCCGGUGAGUGUGGCCAGCCCCCGGCGCCAGCGCCGCCACACGCUCCCCGCCAGCGAGUUCCGCAACCUCACCCCGCAGGACGCCAUCAGCGUGUUCGAGAUCGAGAGGGAAGCUUUUGUGUCAGUGUCUGGGGAGUGCCCACUCACCCUGGAGGAGGUGCUGGGCUUCCUGGGCCAGUGUCCGGAGCUGUCCCUCGGCUGGUUUGAGGAGGGACAGCUGGUGGCCUUCAUUAUCGGCUCCGGCUGGGACAAGGAGCGCUUGGCACAGGAGGCCAUGAGCGCGCACGUAGCCGACACCUCCACCGUGCACAUCCACGUGCUGUCCGUGCACCGGCACUGCCGCCAGCAGGGGAAGGGCUCCGUCCUGCUGUGGCGCUACCUGCAGCACCUGCGCUGUCUGCCAGGCCUGCGGCGUGCCCUGCUGGUCUGCGAGGAGUUCCUGGUGCCCUUCUACCGCAAGGCGGGCUUCAAGGAGAAGGGGCCCUCCGCCAUCGCCGUGGGCUCUCUCACCUUCACGGAGAUGGAGUACCCGCUAGGGGGCCUGGCCUUCGCCCGGCGGAACAGCGGCUGUUAG